AUGAGAAAUUCAUCUCUUGCAACAACUUCUGGGUCGAAUAAUAACAACAACAAUGACCCAGCAGAACAGAAUAAAAAUUUUAGUGGUAACUUUGUCGUAGAGUCUGCUGAGUACACACUAAUUCUGCCAGAUAUUAACGCCCAGCCACCUGAUUUUCGAGAUUUUUUGAAGAAAGAUUUAAUCGAAACUUCAACGUUGUUUUCGCUAGAACUUGCAGGUCGAUUAAAUUGGUGGGUGGAUCUGGGCGUUUGCAGAAGACUGUUUCCACUUGUCACCAUAGGUGAUGGCAACUGCCUGCUACAUGCUGCAUCACUAGCCCUGUUUGGAGUGCAUGACAAUCGCCUUGUACUGAGGCAGGCCCUGAGCAAGAUGAUGUGUCAGUCCUCACUGAAGGACGCUUUCUUCAGAAGAUGGCGCUGGCACCAGACCAUCAUCAACAAGCAGUCAGAGCUCGUAUACACGGAGGAUGAGUGGAUGGCUGAGUGGUUGAACCUGGGUAAGCUGGCGUCGACCCAACCUCGAGUCCCCUCCCUACCACCUAACCAGCAACCUCACUUGAAUGAUCAAUCUCUCUUUUUUAAUAAUAAUAAUAGUAACAACGUUGAUAAUUCAGAUGAAAUUCUAUACGAAAGUCUUGAAGAGUUGCACGUGUUUGUACUUGCACAUGUGCUCAAACGAACGAUCAUCAUCAUUGCUGACACCAUCUUGAAGAACCUUAACGGGGAACCGCUGGCCCCCAUCUCGUUUGGGGGCAUCUACCUCCCCCUCGAACUGCCUCCUGAAGAAUGCCACAGGUCUCCACUGCUUCUCACAUAUGAUGCUGCACAUUUCUCGGCCCUUGUGCCCAUGGAGAACACCACAGAAAUUGUCUGCUUAGCUGAUGCCGUGCCACUCGUUGACCCCGAUUUUGAACUUCUCCCGGUUCACUUUGCGUACGACCCAGGACCCGACUAUCAGUGG